GCCCCGCGCCCCGCUCCGCCCCGCGCCCCGCUCCGCCGCUCCAGCAUGCACGGAGGAUGCUCGCGUCUUGCUCGGGCAGGAAGGGGCCGGAGGGCAGAUACCCGCUGCAUUACCUCGUCUGGCACAACCGAGCCCGGGAGCUGGACCGAGAGCUCAGCGCCAAGCAGGCCGACAUCGAGCAGCUGGACCCCCGAGGACGCACCCCGCUGCACCUGGCCACCACGCUGGGCCACCUGGAGUGCGCCCGGGUGCUGCUGAAGCAUGGAGCUGAUGUGGGCAAGGAGAACCGCAGCGGCUGGACAGUGCUACAGGAGGCCGUGAGCACCCGUGACCUAGAGUUGGUGCAGCUGGUCCUGCGCUACCGCGACUACCAGAGAGCCAUCAAGCGCCUGGCCGGGAUCCCCAUCCUGCUGGAGAAGCUGCGCAAGGCCCAGGACUUCUAUGUGGAGAUGAAGUGGGAGUUCACCAGCUGGGUGCCACUGGUGUCCAAGAUCUGCCCCAGUGACACGUACAAGGUGUGGAAGAGCGGCCAGAACUUGCGGGUGGACACCACGCUGCUGGGCUUUGACCAUAUGACCUGGCAGCGGGGCAACCGCAGUUUUGUCUUCAGGGGACAAGACACCAGCGCAGUGGUGAUGGAGAUUGACCAUGACCGGCGAGUGGUCUACUCGGAGACACUGGCCCUGGCCGGCCAUGACCAGGAGGUGCUGCUGGCUGCUGUGCAGCCCACAGAGGAGCAGGUGAUGGGUCGGCUCACAGCCCCCGUCGUCACCACCCAGCUUGAUACCAAGAACAUCGCUUUUGAAAGGAACAAAUCUGGGAUUCUGGGUUGGAGAAGCGAGAAGACAGAGAUGGUGAAUGGGUAUGAGGCCAAGGUCUACGGCGCGUCCAACGUGGAGCUGAUCACACGGACGCGGACGGAGCACCUCUCAGACCAGCACAAGGGCAAGAGUAAAGGCAGUAAGACCCCACUACAGUCCUUCCUGGGCAUCGCCGAGCAGCACGUGGGGCCCAACAAUGGGACGCUGAUCACGCAGACGCUGAGCCACACCAACCCCACCGCCAUCACCCCUGAGGAGUACUUCAACCCUAACUUCGAGCUGGGCAACAGGGACAUGGGGAGGCCCAUGGAGCUCACCACCAAGACACAGAAGUUCAAGGCGAAGCUGUGGCUGUGCGAGGACCACCCGCUGUCCCUCUGUGAGCAGGUGGCUCCCAUCAUCGACCUGAUGGCCAUCAGCAACGCGCUCUUCGCCAAGCUGCGCGACUUCAUCACCCUGCGCCUCCCGCCCGGCUUCCCCGUCAAGAUUGAAAUCCCCAUCUUUCACAUCCUCAAUGCCCGGAUCACCUUUGGGAACCUCAAUGGGUGUGAUGAGCCCGUCAGCUCCCUGCGCAACAGCCCCAGCAGUGAGGCUCCUUCACCCAGCAGCGACUCCUCCAGCGUCAGCAGCUCCAGCUCCCUGAGUACAUGGGGGGUUGGGGAGCAAGGGCAUGCGGUGGGUGGGGGGCACACGGGCAUUGGGGUACCCUGCCACACCUGUCUCCCUGCAGCAUCUUGCCGGGCAUGUGAGAUGGACCCGGCGCUCUUUGAGGUGCCACGGGGGUACAGCGUGGUGGGCACCCACCAGGAUGCUCUGCGGGAGGAUGAGGAUGAUUUGCUGCAGUUUGCCAUCCAGCAGAGCCUGCUGGAAGCAGGCAGUGAGUAUGACCAGGUCACCAUUUGGGAAGCACUGACCAACAGCAAGCCAGGCACCCACCCCAUGUCGCACGAGGGACGCCGGGGAGACAGGUUGGACUCCCCAGCACACGGCAGCCCCCAGACCCCCCUCCAGCCCGGCGCCGGGGGGCGGCGGGGGGCCCAGCACGCUGUUUCCCAGCUACGCGGAGCAGCUGCGCCUGGCCAUGGCGCUGUCGGCACGGGAGCAGGAGGAGGCAGAGCGGCGGACGCGGCAGGAGGAAGAGGAGCUGCAGCGCAUCCUGCAGCUCUCCCUGAUGGAGAAGUGACCCCCCGCCCCCGCUGAGCCCCCCUGCACCGACUCGGGGCCUGGGGACGUGUGUAUGGGGCACGGAGGGGUGUGUGGGGGAACGGCCCGUGCAGAGGACAAAUAGGGGGGGCGGCGUCGGCCCCGUAGCCGGGGCAGGGGUGAGUGCUGGGGGCACUGGGGGUGGCAGGGAACAGGGGGUGUAUCCUGCAUGCUGCCCCCCCCAUCUGACCCCGGGGAGGCGGGGGGGUCACACUCUUCCCCAGCCAUGGGGGCACCAUGAGAGCCAUGGGGCUCUGUCCCCCCCUUGGCCCCACUGCCCAGGCGCUACCAAGUGCACUUACCCGGGAGCUGCUCUGCCUGCCAACGGGGGGGGCUCAGCCCCACUGCACCCCCCAGCCCAUGUGGGGCUCUAUGGCCUCGCCCCAGGCCAAGGGGGCAACCAAGGGGGGGCCCGCAAAGGGAUGCCCAGUGUCACCCCCUCAUCCUGUGCUUGCACCCUCCCAGCCCUGCUCGGAUGCCCCCCCCCCAACCAUGGCAGCGCUGCACCCCCUCAUCCCGGGCACUGCCCCCCACCCCUGGUAAAACCUUACAUCAAAUGGUGCUAAACCCUAGGCCCCCACCUCCUCACCCCGGGCUGUUCCGUCUUUGCACACGGGGGGGGACUGCGGGGUUGCCCCCAAAGGGACUUUUCAUAGUGGCACCCCCUCCCCCCCAUCCAUGCACCCCACAAGCAACGUCUGGGCCAGGGCCGGGGGGAGCCUGAGCAGCUCUGACCAUGGCCAACACCAAUAAAUGCUCUGAGAGGA